AGAACCCAUCUACCUAGUUUCCAUAUUUUGUUUUCUUUCCAGGUUUCUUUGACCACAGAAACCACCUCUUCUCCCGUAUAAAAGACCACCAAAACAGCAGGCAGGCCAAGAGAAAGAGAACUUCUAUUACAAGAAAAGGGAAAACCCUUCAUAGAAAAUCUUCAAAUGGCUUCUUCAAUACCUUAUUUCAAUGCUCUAACCAAACCGAUAUCUCUCAAGCGCCAUUCUCAUCAAUCCCUGCAAGUCAAAGCUCAGAGCUUUAGAGAUGAAGGAAGAAGGGUUAGCAUUGUUGAUGCUAAUUUGAGUAUUCUAAAAGAGAGGAUAGAGGAAGUCGUGAUGAAGGAGAGAUUAGAGAGGUGUUGCAGAUGUGAAAAUGGAUGGAAUUAUGCAUCUGGGUAUGAUAAAAAACUCAAAAAACACAAGGAUAUGAGAGAGAUUUUUGAGCUUGUGGGAUUGAUUGGUGGCACUAUUGGCUUCACUUGUAUUGGUGGCACACUUUUCCUUUGCCUUGUUUCCAUCUUAGUUCAUCUCAAUCAAUGAUUUCUCUAGGUCAUGAAAAAUUACAGUUUUUUCUGUUGACUUGUAUACAAUGUAUAAUCUUUUGUAACUCCGAG